CAGAAAGAUGGAGGCGGUGGUGUUCGUGUUGUCGCUGGUGGACUGCUGCGCGCUCAUCUUCCUCUCCGUGUACUUUAUCAUCACCCUCUCUGAUCUGGAAUGUGACUACAUCAACGCCAGGGCCUGCUGCUCCAAACUCAACAAAUGGGUGAUUCCAGAGAUGGUGGCUCAGUCUCUCUCCUCCAUGCUGAUGCUGGUCUCCAUGCACUGGUUCAUCUUCCUCCUCAACUUCCCUGUAGCAGCCUGGAACGUCUACAGGUACAUGAAGGUUCCUCUGGGGAACAUGGGCGUGUUUGACCCCACGGAGAUCCACAACCGGGGGCUGCUCAAGUCCCACAUGAAGGAGGCCAUGAUCAAGCUGGGAUACCACCUGCUCUGCUUCUUCAUCUACCUGUACAGCAUGAUCCUGGCUCUAAUCAAUGACUGAGGUGAUCAGCUGCCGGGCCGCAGGUCCACCCCCCUCCGGUCCAACACCAGCCCCUGCUGUCCCAGUCCAGUCUUCCUUCUGGAGAACCCUCAUCACUGUGUUGCCAUGACAACGGACUCAUUCAACCUGUUCCAACCCUGUUUCUACCCUGCUACUGAUUCAACACACCGUCACCAUAGUUACCCCACCCACAUCAGAGCCGCAGCCGGACCCUCAUCAGAACCGGACCCCCAUCAGAACCGGACCCCCAUCAGAACCGGACCCUCAUCAGAACCGGACCCUCAUCAGAACCGGACCCUCAUCAGAACCGGACCCUCAUCAGAACCAGACCGGCUCCUCGUGUCCGUGUUGCAGCAGCAGCAGCUUCCGCUCUCGUGUUGAACUUUCUGAGACAACACCUUCCAUGUUCGUGGCGUUGAAGUGAAAACAGAGAUUCUGACAGCAGCACCGAGGUCACAUGACCAGGCUGUUGCCAUGGAGACCAUCACCACUCCCACUUGAGUGUCCAGUUUUUGUUUUUUCAUAAUAAAAGUGACAGAUUGGA